AUCAAUCUCUAAUAUAUUUUGCUAAUUGUUGUUUGAAAAGCUCAGAAUUAAUGGAUUCCUUUGAAGAGGCAUCAAUUGACAUAAAAAUGGAGAUAUUUGAGGCAAUUGAAGAUAAUUAUGGAGGAGUUAUUGUGAACAUGAAGAAAGAGGAGCCUAUGGAUUUUCUUAAAUUUCAUUCUAUGCUCAAGGCUUCCAUUUCUCAUUGGAGGCUAAAGGGAAAGAAGGGUGUUUGGAUUAAGUUACCUAUAGAACUUGCUCAUCUUGUUAAUGCAGCAGUAAAGGAGGGAUUUUGGUAUCAUCAUGCAGAGGCAACAUAUUUGAUGCUUGUUUAUUGGAUUCCUCAUGAAAUUCCUCAUACUUUUCCUGCUAAUGCUUCUCAUCGUAUUGGUAUUGGUGCUUUUGUCUUCAACCAAGACGGACAGGAUAGAGAACAAUUUUCGAGUUCCGCUUACUUCAUUGUAUUUGCUCAGUCAGAGUUCAAAAUUCAGAAACCAUUGAAUAUUUACAUCAGUGAGCUUGGUUCUGCUUACUUGGCUUCCAGCCUUUAA